AUGGUUGAGCGAACCAACGAUCGGAAAAUAAAAUUGUAUAAGCUACCUUUGGGGGAAUCAUUUACUUUGCUAAAUUUUAUAAAUAAAUACGCAGAAAAAAGUUCAAUAAUUUAUACUGGCCGCUAA